CAUCGCGGCCGCUGUAGCAGGAGGAGGAGGAGAGCAUGACUGGUCCUUUGACGUGGAAUAUUUCCCCAAAGAGACGAUGGAGGAGUAGCAGCGGCGUGUUGCUCGAAGCUAUCCCGUAUUAACCUUAAAUCGAGAGGGGAUUUAGCCGUGAGUCCCACUCGGGUCUGGGUUCACGGGAGUGGACAGACAACAGUCUUUGACAGACUGACCCCUUCGUGCUCCCCCGCCUCCCUCCUCCGCUCAGCUACAAUCAUGAUUAAAGCCAUUUUAAUAUUCAACAACCAUGGGAAACCGAGGCUGUCUAAAUUCUACGAGCAUUAUAGUGAAGACACAGAGCAACAGAUCAUCAGGGAAACCUUCCACUUGGUCUCGAAAAGAGAUGAGAACGUCUGUAAUUUCCUAGAAGGUGGAAUGUUGAUUGGAGGAUCAGACUACAAGCUGAUCUACAGACACUACGCUACACUGUACUUUGUGUUCUGUGUGGACUCCUCAGAGAGUGAACUAGGAAUUUUAGACUUAAUCCAGGUAUUUGUGGAAACGCUGGACAAAUGCUUUGAGAAUGUCUGUGAGCUUGACUUAAUUUUCCAUGUAGACAAGGUCCACAACAUUCUGGCGGAGAUGGUGAUGGGCGGGAUGGUCCUGGAGACCAACAUGAACGAAAUCAUCACACAGGUGGAUGCCCAGAACAAGAUGGAGAAGUCUGAGACGUUUAUCUUUCAGUCUACCAGGCAGGACAGGUAGACACAGGUACUGCGAAAUUUACAACCAAGUACUGUAACCUUAACUGAAGUUUACUCCCCCCCCCGCCCCCCUCGAGUCUCACCAUAUGGCCUUUCAUGUAAUAGCAAACUGACGUCACUAACAUACAGUAGGGAUCUUUCAUGGCAGACCCAAAAAUGUCACCAGUAGUGAAUGCUGACAGCAUAAUGCAAUCUUUACCUAUGGAUGAAUAAAUACUAUAUUGGUUUGUGAUGCUGAACUGCUGAUGGGACUGUGUCAGAGAGGUGGUUGUUCAUCUCCAUGAUAAUUUCUGAAGCUGUAGUUUGUGGCAGUGCGUUAUACAUAAUGUCAGGCGUACCUAUUAUACCGUCCACCCACUGUAGUUUAAAGAAAUAUAAAUCUAACAGGCCUAAGAGGCUACACAGCUCUUUUUAUCCGUUGUUUUUUAAGUUUCUUGAACUGUAUUUUAAAGGACGGUUUUCAAAUUAGCUUCUGAGUUCUUCAACCCAAUUUUAGAAAAUUUGUUAAUGAUUUAAUGAGAUUUGUCUCAUGGUGCAUUGUGUUAUAGGAGUACUCUAAUGUUUGGGAAAUAUGCUCAUUUGCUGUCUUGGUGAGAGUUAUGGUGUGUCCACAUAGCGUUUUUCUUGAGCAGAAAAGCGGUAGUAGGGUCCUGGGUGCUUUAUUUCAGCACUAAAUUAAAAAAACCUAAAACAAAAAAAACGGUCCUAGUGCGUUUUUAAUGACGUGCUACAUGUGGGUACAUUACUAUGUUUUUUUAUGACAACAAUAUCUUGACACUUAUGCAAACUAGGAAGCUAAUGUAAUGCUACAUUAACAGAGGAUUGAUUACACAGUUAACAAAAAGCUUACAGUGCAUAUGGUGAUAAAAGCACAAUGCUCACCAUCAGUGUCUGGAUGAUCUGCUCCCACAAAUGGGCUUUUCUGUCUUUGUUGUGACAGUUUCUGUCUGACAUAUCAUACAGUUACAGCAGCAGCAGUGACGUCACCAGCUGAAAAGGUUCAAGAAUUUUUUUUAAGAUUAUUCUUAGGCCUUUAAUGAUAAAGAGAGGGAGUGACACGCAGCAAAGGGCUGCAGGUCGGAAGUGAACCCGUAGCCGCUGCAGCAAGGACUGAGCCUUUGUAAAUGGGGUGCCUGCUCUAACCACUAAUCCACUGAUGCCCCAAAAAUUUUAAACUAAAAACGCUCGAAGUGGUCAUACAAAAAAAGCUGGACGCUCUGAAAAAAGAGCAGCAUUUUUGUCUUCAGGCAGCUGCAUGUGGCUGCAUACGCUCUCUCCUCAUUUGUGAACAAUUCAAAAAAGAUAUUGGCGCUCAGAAGAAAAUGUUUUGUGGACACAGGCCCUCAGAUGCCCCACUUUACAGCAGAAAUAAACAUGUUUACAGCCUGGUACAAAAAAUGAUUUUGCUCUCUACAGUUAACUUCAACCUCCAUGACAACUGUAGGGGGGGGUUGAAUAUUUAUUAUUACUUGCCUGUUUACAUUUUAUUGAGGCCCAAAGUUACACAUAUUUCGGGGCGGGACUGCUUGAGUCUGCAAGGCAUCGCAGUCUGUGAGUUGCUCCUCUACACCCUCUUAUCCAACUAUGGUCACUUCUGGCUCCAAAAAAAAAAAAAAAGAUGGCAACGCCGAAAUGCUGAACUUGAGGCCUCAAAACCGCCAUCCACAAACCAGUGGGUGAUGUCAUGGUAACUGUCCAUUAUCUAUAUAGUCUGUGGCUAAAAAGCAAGCAAGUUUAUCACCCCAAAUUAUGACCCAUGCCUUUAAGGUCACACCCUCUAAAUUAUAUGUAGUUUACAAUAAGCCAACAAUAACAACCCUGAACUGUAGAUUUUUUUAUCCCGUUUUUCUUUUUGCCCUCACAGACAAGAGAUGGGGUGCUGCUCAAGCCCUUUGUUCAGCCUCUCUGACUUACAUGAACCAUAGAAUCAAGCCAUUGUUGUGUGUUACACAGCUGGUGUUACUAUUCCUGUACAUAUUAGUCACCCAGCGUUUGAUUAACAACCCACCAUUAUGGACAUGCACAGUGGGUCUCUAGGCUACCCACUGUGAGGUAAAAAAUAUCUCGAGUCUGACUCCCGAAUGCUGCGCCCGUGUGUUGGAUCAGCAUUCCUCUCGACUAACGCCACGGUCAUCUUUCCUUCUAACACAAGUCUCCUUGGUUCUUGGCAGAGGGAGGAAUGCCCCACAAGACAAACGGUCCAUUGAAAUAACCUUGUGAAAAUAAGUGAAGUGGAUAAACCCACAUUCCAGACAUUCUUCACAUGUGCCAUAUCACUAAAUGAUUUACGAGGCUAUACUGUGUUUCUAACAGCGUCAGUGACAUCAUACAGUUCUCUGUGGUUUAAGCCUGUUUGGUCAUUUUUGGGUCUGUCUGCUAAAGAUUCAGUCGGGGGAUCUCUAACCACACUGAUUCUCAAAUGUCUGCUCACACUUGAGACGAAAACAUCAAGUCAUUCACUCUCCACGGAUGUGUUUUAUUGCUCCAAAAAGCUAAACUACCUUAAACACGCUAAAUUGCUCUUACGCAGUUUCACAUUGAGAUUCAUUGUGUUAGAGUGAAGUGCCUCCUCUGUCCCUGAGAAUAGAUUUCCCUUUGUAGUUAAGUACUACUAGACUUACAACCUCCUCAUGCCAUCAGUAGUUCAACACUGUAGAUGUGCAAAUGGCACAUUAGUCUCUAUUCACAAAGAUACACUUAGGUAGCUACAGUCAUGUGUAGUCUUGUAGAAGUAGUUCAACCCCCUAGAAGUCCAGUAUCACCUGUAUUAUUACGGCUAACAUAUUGUUGACACACACAUUCUAUACAUACCUAUCUAUCCACACAUCAUUUCCGUCUUCAUAUCCAAAUCCAUUUUUCUGCUUUACCCAAUUCUCUCCUUGCAUUUUUACCCCUAUCGGUCCUCAAGAGUCCGGUGGGUUCACUUUCCAAGCAAUGCUGCCUUUUGUCCAUUUGAUGAAUGUCCAGUACUGCAGUACAUAACAAUUAGUGAAUGGUCUAGUACAUCGUGUCCUCCUCACAGUUGAUUCAUAAUUGGCUCUGGUUGUGAUGUAAAUCAUUAUAGAACCAAAUAAUGCAUGUGCGUAUGAAGCUAUGAAGGCAUCUGAAUGUACAUUUGCACAUGUCGUUUGUCUCAGUAGCUGUCAGUGCUUUUGCAUUUUGUCAGCAGUUGACUGUUUGUGUCUAGUACUCUGUUUAGCACAGUGUGUGUGUGUGUGUGUGUGUAUGUGUCCUGUGUUCACUGUUCAGUGUGUUGUCGUGUACAAAGUGUUUUUUGAUUCACUGAUUUGUAUCUUAUCAACCCUCCAUGUGUGUGUUGUGUGUGUGUGUGUGUGUGUGUGUGUGUUUGUGUGUGUGUGUGUGUGUGUGU